CAGCGGCAAGGAAACACACCCGUCAGCAGCGCGCAUUGGAGACUGGAAAAAAAAAAAAGCGUAUCACGGACAAAGAAAAUAUGGGCGCGCUGGAGAGGAUUCACCACCGCCGGUACCGACAAUGGCUGAGCCGCUUCUGUUCCAUUCAGCCGGAAUGCAUUUAGCCCACCUUAAUGAGGCGCUGGGACGCGAGGUACUGCAAGCUAAAAAGGCGGAAGGCUGCGUUUGAAACCGUCUGCGGAUCCUAUGAGUUUGCAAUGGAUGUUGCGGGGAUAUGCAACCUGCGAGGGAGCAAUGUGCCUUUUUGUUAUUUUGUGAUAUUCUCCUUAUUUUGUGGCCUUUCGUUCGGACAAUUGCGCUAUUCCAUUACAGAAGAACUGGACAAUGGGGCACUGGUGGCUGAUCUUGCGCAAGACUUGGGGCUGGAUAUUCGAAGGCUGGCCAGCCGGAAAAUCAAGGUAACCUCCAGCAGCAGCAGCAAGCGCUACGUGAUUGUCAACCCUAAAAAUGGCAAAUUGCUUGUUAAUGAGAGGAUCGACAGGGAGGCGCUGUGCGAUGCGUCCAGCAGCUGCCUCAUCAAUCUGGAGGUUCUGGUGGAAAAUCCCACCGAGGUGCACCAUGUUGAGGUGGAAAUUGUGGACGCCAACGAUAAUGCGCCACAGUUCCCUCGGGAGGAGUACCAAGUUGAAAUCACAGAAUCCGCUCUGCCGGGGUCGAGGUACCCGAUUGAAAAUGCCCAGGAUUCCGACAUAGGGUCAAAUUCAGUUCGUUUGUAUCAGCUGAGCACAAAUGACCAUUUUGCCCUGGUAUCCAACAAACCUUCCCUGAACACAAAGAACAUUGAGCUCGUGCUCAAAAAGCCUCUCGAUCGGGAACAGACUGCUUACCACCAGAUCAUUUUGAGUGCUGUUGAUGGCGGGACACCUGAGAAAACAGGCACUGCAAAAAUCAACGUGCGAGUCCUGGAUUCGAAUGACAACGUCCCUAUGUUUGACAACUCCGUAUACAAGGUGAAACUGUUGGAGAAUUCGCCCAAAGACACCCUGGUGAUCAAACUGAAUGCCACCGACCUGGAUGAAGGCACGAAUGGUGAAGUGUACUACUCGUUUAGCAGCUACACUCCUGAGCGAGUCAGGCAGAUGUUCAGCAUGGACACUAAUACAGGAGAAAUAAGAGUAAGGAGAAAUGUUGACUACGAGGAGACCAACUCGUAUGAGAUGUACAUCCAAGCAAUGGACAAAGGUCCAGGGGCGGUGGCGGCACACUGUAAGGUGGUGGUAGAAGUGGUGGACGUGAACGACAACGUCCCUCAGAUCGUGCUGUCAUCCCUGUCGAGCCCUGUGAGGGAGGACGCCCGCGCCGACACGGUCGUGGCCCUGAUCAGUGUCACUGAUCGAGACUCCGGCGCCAACAAGCAGGUGUCUUUAGAGAUCCCGGCAGGCCUCCCUUUCAAAAUCAAGUCCUUCAGAAACUACUACACCCUAGUAUCCUCAGCCUUCUUGGACCGUGAGACCAUUGAUGCCUACAAUGUCACGCUGAGUGCCACAGACGGAGGAAACCCUCCGCUUUCCUCUCAGAAGACCAUCCAGGUGGACGUGGCCGAUGUCAAUGACAACCCACCUCGAUUCGAGCAGACGUCAUACACGGUGUACGUGACCGAGAACAAUAGCCACGGGGCCUCUUUGUGUACUGUAAAGGCUCAAGACGCAGACAUCAAGGAGAAUGCACGCAUCACCUACACAGUUCUCAAUGACAAUAACCACGGCAUCCCUGUCACCUCCUAUGUGUCUGUAAAGGCCGAUACUGGCGAGGCUUAUGCCCUGCGAGCCUUCGACUAUGAAUCACUGAGAGAGUUUCACUUCCAGGUCAAAGCCCAAGAUGGGGGCAUUCCUCCGCUUAGUCGCGUCGCCACCGUCUACAUCUACAUAAUGGAUCAGAAUGACCACGCACCACUCAUCGUCAACCCUCCGGGUAAUGGCACACGCUCCUUAGAGACUGUUCAAAAGAACGCGGAUUCUGGUGCCUUGGUGACCAAAGUGGUGGCAUAUGAUGCGGAUGCCGGUCCAAACGCCUGGCUGGUGUACAUGCUCGAAACCGCCACUGACCUGGACUUGUUUAAGGUGCACGAACACACAGGUGAGAUCAGGACCACUCGUAGGAUCCUGGAAGAUAACUCAACCUCGUUUGCACUAACGGUUUUGGUGAAGGACCACGGACAGCCUGCGCUGUCCUCCACCGCCACCAUCAAUGUGGCUGUCAUGGAGGUGCCCCCUAAAGUUGUCCCUGACCCCAAGAGGAUCAUCCGACCUCACAGCACACUGCUUUUCUCAAACGUGACCCUAUACUUGAUCGUCGCUUUGAGCGCCACCACCUUUGUUUUCCUGGUCACUGUGGUGGUGCUGGCAAUUGUCCGCUGCCAUGCCUAUUGCACCCAACCGGGGUCCUGCUCCCCUUGCUGUGGGUCACAGAAGCCACCUCCUGAUGGCGGCAACAGUAGCGUGAGUGCUGGUGGCCCCGGCGGUGGUGGUGGAGCCGCAGGGCAACCUAAUAAUAAUGUGGUACUCCGGAGGGACCUUAAAGUUGAGCCUCACUACAUCGAAGUGCGCGGAAAUGGCUCGCUAACAAAGACUUACUGCUACAAGACCUGCUUGACGGCCACCUCCGGCAGUGACACCUUCAUGUUCUACAACACAGGACGACCCAUCAGUGGCACCUGGGGCAGUGGCGCUGACCGUUUCUUCACAAGUGGAAGUGGAUUUGUACGCAGACUGAGCAUGCCUGAUGCCUCGCUGCAAAUCUGCCCAGAGCCAAAAGCCCCAAAUGCUGACUGGCGAUAUUCUGCAUCUUUGAGGGCCGGGAUGCAGAGUUCGGUCCACAUGGAGGAGGCCUCUGUGAUGCAGGGUGCCCAAGGAAUGCUGGUCCAGAAUUGGCCCACUGUGUCUAGUGCUGCAGAUGGAGAGGGUGGCGGCGAGCUUUCACCACCAGUAGGCGCCGGUGUCAACAGCAACAGCUGGCACUUCCGUUACGGAGCGGGACAAAGCUACGGCCCACCGCAGGCGCUGAAGCCCGGCGAGAUCCCUCCAGAAGCCUUCAUCAUUCCCGGAUCCCCCGCCAUCAUUUCUAUCCGCCAUGACCCCGGCCCUGUUGACGAUAAAGGUGACUUCAUAAGCUUCGGCAAGAAGGACGAAGCCAAGAAGAAGAAAAAGAAAAAGAAGGAUAAGAAGGAAAAGAAAGAGAAAGGAAAAGAUGAAGAAGAAUAAGGAGAGUUGAAUUGAAGCCAACCUGAUUACAGAGCCAGAAAAAAAGCCAAAUCGAUAUCGUAUAAUUGCAGAAUAUGCAUUAAAUACCAUAUUUACACAGUAUUGUUGCCAUUCAGGCUUUAGGCUCUCUGCGGAAAGCAAAACUGCGAAUCAAAUGCUUUUUCUCUCGUUUGGCUCAUUCGGCCUUCGACUUUAAACAGUAGAAGUUCAUUCUAUUCAAAUGCAUUUUAUGCGAUCAGUAUACGCUGUGAAUUUAUUCAACCCCCGAGUUUGUAUAAUGAAAACCAAAACAGCCAAAAAAAAGAGCAGUUUGUAUUUGAUUAUUGCUAGCACAUCAUGCUGGGUGCUAAGUGAAAGACAAACUGAAAAAUGUGACCUUUUUUUUUUUUUGUCUUCAGUAACACAUACAAAUUCUGCAAAUGUAGUAUUUUGUAUAAAAGGGAAAAAAAACGAACAAGAAACACGUGAUAUGUGGACCGUAAAAUGAGCACCUUAUACAGAAUAAGGUGGCUGAGGCACGCAAGUUGACCGUACAGCUUUCUUUCGGUGUAACAGCACAUAAACGCGCAGCGGCGUCCAAAACACGCAAACCCCCCAAAACACGUGCAAUAUUGGGAAAACACAACAGAAGUACGAUUAAACCAGAAGUUAGCAUCCUACUAGGAAGUAAGCGCUAUAGAUGCUGUCUAUUGGAACAAAGCGUCAACGCGACCGCCAUCUCGAACAGGGGGAGGUCAGAGCUGUUUACCAUAUUAGCCAACUUAGACAGAGGUAUAGACUAUAUUGCCAAAAGUAUUUGGCCACCUGCCUUGACUCAUAUGAACUUGAAGUGCCAUCCCCUUCCUAACCCAUAGGGUUCAAUAUGAUGUCUGUCCACCUUUUGCAGCUAUUACAGCUUCAACUCUUCUGGGAAGACUGUCCACAAGGUUGCGGAGUGUGUUUCUAGGAAUCUUGACCAUUCUUCCAAGAGCGCAUUGGUGAGGUCACGCACUGAUGUUGGUCGAAAAGGCCUGGCUCUCAGUCUCCGUUCUAAUUAAUCCCAAAGAUGUUCUAUCAGGUUCAGGUCAGACUCUGUGCAGGCCAGUCAAGUUAAUUCGCACCCGACUCUGUCAUCCAUGUCUUUAUGGGCCUUGCUUUGUGCACUGGUGCACAGUCGUGUUGGAAGAGGAAGGGGCCCGGUCCAAACUGUUCCCACAAGGUUGGGAGCAUGGAAUUGUCCAAAAUGUUUUGGUAUCGUGGAGCAUUCAAAGUUCCUUUCACUGGAAAUAAGGGGCUAAGCCCAACUCCUGAAAAACAACCCCACACCUUAUUUCCUCCUCCAAAUUACAAACUCCUACCACUUGGUAGCCGAGUUACUGAUGUUCCCAAACUCUUCCAUUUUUUUAUAAUAAAGCCGACAAUUGAUUUUUGAAUAUUUAGACGAGAGGAAAUUUCACGACUAGAUUUGUUACACAGGUGGCAGCCUCUGACAGUUCCACGCUGGAAAUCCCUGAGCUCCUGAGAGCGGCCCAUUCUUUCACAAAUGUUUGUAGAAACAGUCUCCAUGCCUAAGUGCUUGAUUUUCUACACCUGUGGGCCAAGUGAUUAGGACACCUGUUUCUCAUCAUUUGUAUGGUUGGCCAAGUACUUUUGGCAAUAUAGUGUUUCAAGUAAAAUGUUGGCGCCAGUCAGAUCCACAUCGGUCUAAGCAGUCUGACAAAACCCCUGCUCAAGAUAGCGGCCGUGUUGCCUUUCCCUUACAAGAUAAAGGCGGCAUCCACAUUUUCAUAUCUAUUAGCCCUAAGGAGAGCGAUAUACAAAUACAUGAGCCGAAUGUCCUGAAAAAGGUUGCUGUUGGUGUGAAAAUGUAUUUCUAUUAGAUUGUUUUAAACAAUACCAUGGAGCUACCAAUUUAAAGCCCCACUUAAGAACUUUCCGUUUUGGAAACAAAGAGGUAGUGUUUUGCCUGAAGAAAUAGCACAUUUCCCAUGAAGACCAGCAGAUAGGGUUAGUCAAUCAGUAUGACCGAUCUUUGCACAGUAGGAACCUACAUAUUUUACUCAAAUUUUAUAUUGCAGUUUGCUUACAUCGCAUUGUUUUUUCUUGAUAAUGUACUUUUGAGAUUGUUGCGUGGCUGCUCGUGUCAGUGUGGAACUAUGAACUAUCAUGUCGAUGGCUAUUUAUUGCUACCAUGCAAAUUUCCGAUGGUUAAUGUUGGCAUUAUCGUUUUGACUUGAGCAACAAAAGGUAUUUAUUAGUAAAGUAGUAACAGAGCCAAGGCAGCAUUGGUCGGAAAUCCCUCCCCGUCUCUGAGCUUAAAACUUUUUGUUUAUUUGUUUUUUUUGCAGUUUCUGCGAUGAUAGGUGUACUUGCACAUAGGCGUUCGCAUCGACUUAGCUCUUUGUAACAAAUAGGGAAGAGAGGAGUGAAGUAUGCCGUAAAACAAAUCAGCACAUUUGUAGUUUUUUGUGUGGCAGGGUUCCUGCCACCCCCCUCAAAGUUGCUUAAUUCCAAUGAAAGCGAAACAGACCCCCUCAGGACAUGACAGAGGUGUAAUUCAACCAGUUGGAAGUCCAUGUAUCACCCGAAAAAGUUAUUAAGAUAUUUUAUGAAGGUUGAAAAGUUACGUAAUGGGUAGUGUUUUCCCCAUGUUGCAUGUGUUUUGGAUGUUGCUGUCCCCGUCAGCCACACUAGUCAAGGGCCUACGCUGGGUUGCACCAACUCUGUGAAGGUUAGAUCCCAGGUUAAAUUAGUGGCUUGUUAGAAAAUUACAACAUUUGAUUGUAUUGUAAUUGUUAAGGGACAUUCCAUGGCUAGAGUUAGGUUCAGCAUUAAGACGAUAGAUAAAUAUGGAAUGAGAAAUGGUCACCAGCCACUGUGCGGAUAUUGGUUUGACAAUAUUGAUCCUCAAAGGAUGAGACCAUGAGGUUUAAUAUGAGUUUUUGUAUUUUUGUAAUUCCAUCCUCUGCAACUCGGUAGCGCAUUUUAAAGUACACCAUUGUACACCGUCCGGAGAGCGGGCAUCCUCUGCAAUGGGCACCUGGUUCUGUUAUGGUUUUCACACUUUUUUACUUAUGUGAAAUGAUUUCUAUACUUUUUUUAAAUCGAACAUUGAAUUUGAUGCAUGUUAUGUACUAAAACAAAUAGUAAUUUGUUUUGGUGAUCAUUAAAACAUACAUUCGUAAGCCAUCCUAAAUCAACCCCGAUCAACAUUCAAACCCAGUCUUUCAAGACUAGCACUAAGGCAGUAUAAGGGGUCAUUUGCCAUCAUAUUAUUAUCAAUGAAGGAACAGGAAGUGACUAAGCUAAGCAGGUUUGCAGGAAAAUGUCAUAUGAAGCGCCCUGUCAAUCAUUAAUUGACAUUUUAUGUGCGCUUCUUUAGGCAAAACGAUUAGCAUAUAUAAAUGUACAUUGCAGAGGGCGCUGGUUCUCAGGAGGGUGUGGGCAAUGAUGAAAUCUUAAAAUCGUGUCCACCCCAUAAAAGUCAAUGUGACAUUUAAUUUAAUUGUUAAUUAAGUCAAACCAUUUUGAAAGAAAUAUAUUGAAAAAAAUAAUUUGAGAUGGUUAUUCUGGCCAGAAUGAUGGUGGACAUUUUUGGUAUGAAACUUUACAUGGAACAAAUUGAAUGAGAACUUGAAAAGUACAUGUGAUUUGUAGAAACAUUCAAAAUAUCCUUUAGGAAAUCAUUGUAAAUGGGGGGAAAACAAUAGGAUGAACACACUUUAAUAUAAGUGAGUACAAUUAUGUGACUUCGUAUCAUUUGCACUGGCUUUGUUGUUCGCUUAACUAUUUUAUAGUCGCCGCUUGUACUCUAGUGAUGCAGUGUUAACUGGGGAGCAUACGUCAUGUGCAGCUGAUGCAAUCGCCACCUGACCAUUGCCUCUUUUCUUGGAAUAUAGCGCAGUACGGCGUCUCCACCCCAAUCUGAGAUGCACAUAACUAUGAACAAACUAUUUUCCCUCUCCAUACCCUCUGUAAAAGGUACUGAUGGACGAUACAGCAUUCUUGAUGAUGAGAUUGCGUCACGCGGCUGUAUAGCGGCAACGUCAAGCCUGGUACCUCUACUUCAUUUUUUGAAUGUUGAGUAGAUGUUCCUCUCUAGCCCAUCACCACUUGUAGGACGUGCUUGGCUCCUCCCGCUAAUUGACUGUCGGGAAUAUUAUUACUACUUGAAAGUCGCUCCCCUUAUGGACUGUGCAAGAAUAGCACAUAAACAUACCCCUAAACAUAGGACACACAUCAAACAUACAGUGGUACCUCAAUUUAUGAUCUUAGUUGGGUCUGUGACGGUGCUCUUAACACAAAACACUUUUAUCUCAAAUCUAGCAUUGAAAUGAAUUCAAUGGAAUUUAUCUGUGCUAUGCCCUCUCCCCCAAAACACAUUUUAAAAAGAAAAACAAACUUAUAGAUAGGAAAUAUUGUAUAGCAACAAAACAAUUGAAUGUAGUACAAACAACUACAGUAGUUUUAUGAAGUAGUGUAAUGAAAUGAAAUGAAGUGAAAUUUAAAUAGCGCUUUUUCCUCAAGUGACUCAAAGCGCUUUACAUAGUGAAACCCAAUAUCUAAGUUACAUUCAAACCAGUGUGGGUGGCACUGGGAACAGUUGGGUAAAGUGUCUUGCCCAAGGACACAACGGCAUUGACUAUGAUGGUGGAAGCAGGGAUCGAACCUGCAACCCUCAAGUUGCUGGCACGGCCGCUCUACCAACCGAGCUAUACCGGCCAUCGUAAUAAUAAUGUACAGCAUUUACAGUUCCUUGGAGAGUGGACUUUGAUGGUACAUGCAUCUCCUUCCAGCUGCUUCUAGGUCAAAUACGUCAUCUGCAGCUUUUCUAUAUUUUCAUGGAUAAAUGCCUGCUGUUUAAAUAUUAUUAUAUCACUUUUCGAUGGCUGAGGUGGCGACUUGUCCAGGGUGUACCCCGCCUUCCACCCGAUUGUAACUGCCAGCGCCCCCCGCAACCCCAAAAGGGAAUAAGCGGUAGAAAAUGGAUGGAUGGAUGGAUGGCACUUUUCGCUGCCAUUCUGCUUCAGUAUGGUGAAGCAGUGAUAUGCUCAAAGUGCUUAAUAAUAUUUUUGAUGAUUUCUUUCUUUAAUUCAAUUAAUAUCAUCCAUUUUUUCCCAGCUUUGUCCUUCAAAUUACCUUUCUUCCUUCCCAUGCUUGGAAAAUGCUGGUGGGUAAGACCAGAUGUUUUGGGCGGGUUAACGAAGGCAUUUUCUACGCCAACGAAUUAGGGAUGACUGUAACUCAAGUUUUUGCUUGUAUAAGAGCGCUUAACUAAAAACACUUUUGAGUUGAGGUACCACUGUACACACCUUUGUGAUAAUUCCUAAGAUUUCUUUGAUAUUGUACUUUUUUUUUUUGAUACAACGCUAAACGGGGGUUUGUGUUGCUUCAAUUUACGGGAUCCAUGUUUGGUUUUUGGCCAAGCUGAGGCUCUUAAUCAGGAAAAUGAUAACAAAUAGAAAGAAUUGCAUGAUGUCAAAUGUAGUUGAUGAUGCAGUUUUUGACGGAAGGCCUUUAUUAAUUGUACCAACACUGGUUUAAGGCGCUGGAAGAAUUCUCUAGCACAGUGAUUCUCAAACUGGUACGUGGGCUCCAUCUCGCGGUAUGCCAAAGAAUCACUUAAUUAAAUCUUUAAACACAGUGUUACUGUUCGAACUGUGUGUAAUGUUACGGUGGACACAAAUAUUUAAAACGCUUGUUAAAUAAAACCUCUGCCUUGUUUUUAGUGAAUAUUUUAUUGUUGGUCAUGAUGGUGGUACUUGGAGAGCCAGGUGUCUUCUGAGGUGGUACUCGGUGGGAAAAGUUUAAGAAGCACUGCUCUAGCAUUACUUUUGCUGAAUUUUGGCAAACAAGCAGUAGUUUUUAUAAACUGUUUGAGACGUCCAUAAAGAAAUCAAUAUAGCUCAUUGUGAACUGUACAGUCAAAUACUUUAUUUUGCCCAAAUAUUUGAGAAAAUCAUGUUGGAGCAUAUAUUGAGCUGCAGGCAUUGGAACUGGACAUUUGUCAUCUCAUGUUAGUGUUCCUUUUUCUAGAGCCGUCCUAUUUCUAGCCUAUCUGGCUCAAACCCAACCAUGCUCACACGUCUUUGUCCCCGUCCGUCCGUCAUGUGUUCUCCUGUGCUGUUAGAUCACCAAGUGGCUGUUUGCAUGUUAUAAGCAAAGGAAACAGAUAUUAUAUAAAUACUAUAUACAACUAAAUAUGUUUUAUUUCACCAGUAAAUGUGUACUGAAACCACAAACCUGUGACACACUUCCAUCCACGCAUACUGUGAACUCCAACAGUACUGCAAAUUGUGGCAAAAACCUAAAAGUAUCACAUUAUUCUACUUCUGUAAAUUCCAAUAAUGCUUUUGUGUAAUGUUAUGAAUUGCCUUUUGGGGUUUUUAUUUGCGCAUAUGAUUUUCAUAAAUAAGAAAAUCAACCCUUAAACUUGUGUUACGCAUUGAAAUGAUGAUCAAACAAACACUAUUGUGAACUCAUGUACACCCUCUUCCCCCCAUAUCUAUUCCAUGCUUAAUAGAGACAAAAACGUAAGAAAAAAGAUGAUAAAAAACCAAAAACUCAAAAUACAUAAAAAGUAAAAAAAAUAAACAAAGUUGAUGUUUUCUCUGCUUGUGUAUAGUGAAUGUUUGUCGGUCACUGGGUGUGGCAAUGGUUGGCACAUGCUAGUCGACUGUGACAGUGCAGAAAUGUUCAUAAACUUCUUUUGUACACCUGCUUAUUGUUGAGGUGAUAAUAGUGCUUCUAAAGAGUUCAUCAACCUGGUAAAUGUGUUUUGUUAAGUCACAAAUAAAGUUUUUUCUUAAAUAUC